GUCAGCCGCGUUAAUACUCACUCUCUUGUUGUUUUCCUGUGAUUUUAAUGUUUGAAAGCCGCUGACUGAAAUGGGUUUAUCUCAGAGCUCAGACGCGUCCGAAGGAGGGACAUAUGGAUACCAUGUGCACGGUGUGCAACCAAACUCACCUGCAGAAACAUGCGGACUGCAGCCCUUCUUUGAUUUCAUUCUGUCUCUGGACAACAAAAGACUUAAUGAGGAAAAUGACCAGCUGAAGGAGAUCCUGAAAGCCAGCGCGGAGAAAGCUGUGAGGAUGGAGGUGUACAGCACUAAAACUACAAGGGUGCGUGAGCUGGAGGUGGUGCCCAAUAACAUGUGGGGAGGACAGGGUCUGCUGGGAGCUAGUGUUCGCUUCUGCAGCUACCAAGGAGCCAAUGAGAAUGUCUGGCACGUCCUGGAUGUGGAGGCCAGUUCACCUGCUGCUCUGGCAGGGCUUCAGCCCCACAGUGACUACAUUGUUGGAGCAGAUCAAGUUUUGCAAGAUUCAGAGGACUUCUUCUCGCUGAUCGAAGCUCAUGAAGGGAAGCCGCUGAAGCUGCUGGUGUACAACACAUUAACGGACAACUGCAGAGAGGUGGUGGUCACGCCUAACGGAGCGUGGGGAGGGGAGGGCAGUUUGGGUUGUGGCAUCGGUUACGGCUACCUGCACCGAAUCCCUGUACAUCCUGAUGUGGUGCCGGAGAAACCUACCACCCCCCCUGCUGAGGAGACCCCCUCUCCAGAGAUGCCUACUCAUGGAUUCACAGAGGCGUCUUUGUUGGCACCUUCAACCCAAAGUGAAGACGUGUCAGACUUGGAGCAGGUCAUCCUCGAGGAAGCUCCUCUACCUCCACCAGUCCAGAGAGUCAUGGACCCUGGUUUCUCCGAUUCUGACAUGGCGGUGAUGAACCCUGAUCCUGCUGAUCUGUUGGACAGGCUGGAUCUGUCCAUGUCCUCCAUCGACAUGACCAAUACCUCACUGGCUAUGCACGAGGAGAAGGACGGUGAAAUCUCCGGUGUUGAGGAGCUGGAUGACAGUGAACUGCGCUCAUCAUCUGCAGACACCCAACCUGAGCCGCAACAGCUGAGCUCCCAGGCAGCCAUGGACCUCACUUCCGCUCUCGAUUCCACUGACAAUUUGUCAGAUUCAGGAAUCCCACCAGCAGAGCCAUCUGACCUCGAGUCCACAGACCUGCUCAGCUCUAUCGGCGAGCCCAGCGAUAGCCCAAGUCCACCGACGGCUGAUCUGGAGCCUCCUGCUGAAGACCCUCCCUCCCCUCCUGCUGUCGAUCUCCUCCCGUCCUCCAUCGCCGAUGAUGAGCCCUCUGUGGAUGAUUCCCCCGCACAGGCCGAGGCGGACGCAGCGGAGCCUGUCACGUUAAGCUCAGCAGAGGAGGCUCUUUGUCUUGAGGAGCCAGCAGAGCCUCAAGACGAAGCUCCUGCUCAACACUGUGGACAUGAGAGCGAUAAAGAGGAACCAGAGGAGCCGCCUCUUGAGUAAGCUCACAUCAGGCCACGGAGAAAGUGCACAAGUGCAAAACUAAGUCGACAAUCACUUGGGUUUUUUUUUCUUUGUAAAGAAACACUAGAUAUGAAACACAGGACAGACUGACUGUCUUACGUAAGUGUAUGACUCUAUCAGAAUAGUGACACCACAAAAACACUUUAGACACUGUAAUAAUAUUCCGUUUGUUUCACAUGAGAGAAUUUAAAGUUGCUGAUAAUGUCUAAGCUUAAAAGAAAAGGUUAUAAUGUUGUAAACAUUUUCCCUUCACGCCUGGUGCGAAAUUAGAUUAUACGGGUGACGAGACUUUGGAUCUCGUGCACUGAUGUAACGACUACUUGAACGCUUCCAAAGAUCCUAUUUACUACAGCAGAACACAGCUGCACCAGAACAUCCAGAACACUAUCAUGUUUUUAAAGCUAUCUGACUGUCGGCAGCUCAGAUGAGUUUUUACAGUCUUAAAGUGCAAUGUGACACUCGUUGAUGUGUUUUUAAAAUAUUGUUAAAAUAACCCUAAAAACAAGCUUUUUAAAAAAAAAAAAGAAAAGUGGGAUGAAAAUGACAAGCAGGGAAACUUUUAUAGUAGUUUACAGCCCACAUAUUUGAUUUUUAAAGUGCUAAUGCUGCAUUAUGAGGGAAAAUGUUAAUCCUCUUUUACUGUUUCACUAGUCAAGUACAUGUUUUUACACCAGAUUUGAUGAAGCCAAUAUGUUUUAAAUACUUAGCAUUAAUUUGAUUAUUCUGCCACACAACCUGUAAACAAUUUUUAUUGCUUGUAUAACUGGAACUAUGUCCCGAUGUCUUCAACUGUAGUCUGUAAUUUCUGUGAUCUAUGCAACAGUAGAUGAACACUGCCCCUGACCCGUUAUGUCAAUCCAGUAGGUGACAGGCUUUUAUACAUGUAAUGAGUUUAAAUAGUGG